AUGUCGUCCGGCGACAGCUGCGGUGGUCGUGGCCACCGCCGCCAGGAGCGCUGGAUCUCCGACGGUGCCUCCUCCGCAUCCAGCUCGCGCAGCCUACUGGCGACGUCGCCCGCAUGCCGCCCCCGCGCCGCCACGCCGCCGCCGUCGCCGCCGCCACCCCCUCCACCCGGAGCCGCCCGGCUGCCCCUCGCGCGUCGGCCUCCACCCGCAUCGGGCCCCGCUCCGAGGUUCACCGCGUUCGCCGCGACGCCGCGCCACGAGGGCCCGACGCCCACGGCUGGCAGCAGCCGCGACGCCGACACCACCAGCGGCACCGCCCCCAGUACACCGGAGGCCAUGCACAAUGACGCCGCAGCUCUUCUCCAGAGCUGGAGGGCGGCCUCUGCUUCAGGUGCCUGGAGCCUGGACACCAUGUCCGCGGCUGCACCAAUGAGGUGCGGUGUCGCCGCUGCCUCCUCUCCGGCCACGGCAGCAGAGACUGCACGCCUGAGCAACGCGCCUACGACCGCGCUCAUGACCGGCCGCCGCCAAGAGAAGAAGGCCCACCUCAACUCCGCCGCACCACGCCGGCCGCACCACCGCUGCCUCCGCCCUAGCCCCAGCAGUAGGCUCAGCAAGCCCCCCCCCCCCGGCGCCGACCGCGCUCGUCACCACAGCCGUGCCACCUCCACCUCCUUUGCAACAACCCAUGCUGCUGGCGGAGGCCGUCUUGUGGCGCCCGAUGGUCGCCUCCGUCUUUGGAACGAGGCCGACCAUCUCUGCUACCAAGUGGCGGAGGUGCUCACGGCCAGCUUCAACCUCCAAGCCGGCGACUUUACCGUCCAUCUUCACCACCCCGAGGAGUUCCUCAUCAUUUUCGCCACCCAAGAGCUCAAAGACAGGCUGUCAGGAGACCACUUCAUCGGCAACACAAGCUUCUCGCUCACCGUCCGUCCCUGGUGCAAACUGGCGCACGCGGCUGCGGCAGGUUCGAGCAUCGCGUCGACCUAG